GGCCCAAGAUGGCGGCGGCGCUGGCGGCCCCGGGCCUGUGACCACAAAGAGGGAGCCGGGGCCGGACGGGAGCGCGGCGGCGGCGGCGGCCGAGGCCCAGGCCGGGCCCCCUCCCCUCAGCCUCCGCCCCUCCCCCCCCCGCCCGCCCUCCCGCCGGCGGCCCCGCCCCUCCCCCACCCGCCCGCCUAGCAUGGUGCGGCGGCCGCGCGCGCCGACAUGGGGGAGAAGCUGGAGCUGAGGCUCAAGUCGCCCGUGGGGGCCGAGCCCGCCGUCUACCCGUGGCCGCUGCCGGUCUACCAAGCAGCCAGUCGCGCCACCUUUGACAAGCCCCUGCCAACCACGGAUCUACUUUUGUCUCUGUGGAUUGGCCUGUUCUGGACAUUUCAUGACAAACACCAUGAUGCUGCUCAUGAAAUCAUUGAGACUAUCCGAUGGGUCUGUGAAGAAAUCCCAGAUCUCAAGCUCGCUAUGGAGAAUUACGUUUUAAUUGACUAUGAUACCAAAAGGAGGUCCCGACCGUGCCUUUCCCUUGCCUUUUCCAGCUUCGAAAGCAUGCAGAGGCUCUGUGACAAGUAUAACCGGGCCAUCGACAGCAUCCACCAGCUGUGGAAGGGCACCACGCAGCCCAUGAAGCUGAACACACGGCCGUCCAACGGGCUGCUCCGGCACAUCCUGCAGCAGGUGUACAACCACUCGGUGACAGACCCGGAGAAGCUCAACAACUAUGAACCCUUCUCCCCGGAGGUGUAUGGGGAGACUUCCUUUGACCUGGUGGCCCAGAUGAUUGAUGAGAUCAAGAUGACUGAGGAUGAUCUGUUUGUGGACUUGGGCAGUGGUGUGGGCCAGGUCGUGCUCCAGGUUGCCGCGGCCACUAACUGCAAACAUCACUAUGGCGUUGAGAAAGCGGACAUCCCAGCCAAGUACGCGGAGACCAUGGACCGAGAGUUCAGGAAGUGGAUGAAAUGGUAUGGAAAAAAGCAUGCAGAAUACACACUGGAAAGGGGCGAUUUCCUCUCUGAAGAGUGGAGAGAGCGGAUCGCCAACACAAGUGUUAUAUUUGUGAAUAACUUUGCCUUUGGUCCUGAGGUGGAUCACCAGCUGAAGGAGCGAUUUGCAAACAUGAAGGAAGGUGGCAGAAUCGUGUCCUCAAAACCUUUUGCACCUCUAAACUUCAGAAUAAACAGCAGAAACUUGAGUGACAUUGGCACCAUCAUGCGGGUUGUGGAGCUGUCGCCUCUGAAGGGCUCCGUGUCGUGGACGGGGAAGCCGGUCUCCUACUACUUGCACACCAUCGACCGCACCAUACUUGAAAACUAUUUUUCUAGUCUGAAAAAUCCAAAACUCAGGGAGGAACAAGAGGCAGCUCGGCGCCGGCAGCAGCGUGAGAGCAAGAGCAAUGCGACCACCCCCACCAAGGUCCCCGAGAGCAAGGUGGUCGGCCCCACAGACGCCACCCCCAUGCAGGAUUCUGGCGCUGAGGAAGACAAGGUGGGAGCGGCCACCGUCAAAAAGCCGUCCCCCUCCAAAGCCCGGAAGAAGAAGCUGAACAAGAAAGGCAGGAGGAUGGCUGGCCGCAAGCGCGGGCGCCCCAAGAAGAUGAACACUGCGAACCCCGAGCGCAAGCCCAGGAAGAACCAAACCGCACUGGACCUCCUGCACGCGCAGACCGUGUCCCAGACAGCGUCCUCCUCACCCCAGGAUGCAUACAGGUCACCUCACAGCCCGUUUUACCAGCUACCUCCGAGCGUGCAGCGGCAGUCCCCCAACCCGCUGCUGGUGGCACCCACCCCGCCUGCGCUGCAGAAGCUGCUAGAAUCCUUCAAGGUUCAGUACCUGCAGUUCCUGGCAUACACAAAGACCCCUCAGUACAAGGCCAACCUGCAGCAGCUGCUCGACCAGGAGAAGGAGAAGAACGCCCAGUUGCUGGGCACGGCGCAGCAGCUCUUCAGCCACUGCCAGGCCCAGAAGGAGGAGAUCAGGAGGCUCUUCCAGCAGAAACUGGAUGAGUUGGGCGUGAAGGCUCUGACCUACAAUGACCUGAUCCAAGCUCAGAAGGAGAUUUCUGCUCAUAACCAGCAGCUGCGGGAGCAGUCAGAGCAGCUGGAGAAAGACAAUUGCGAGCUCAGGAGUCAGAGCCUGCAGCUGCUCAAGGCUCGGUGUGAAGAGCUGAAGCUGGACUGGUCCACACUGUCCCUGGAGAAGCUGCUAAAGGAGAAGCAGGCCCUGAAGAGCCAGAUCUCGGAGAAGCAAAGGCACUGCCUGGAGCUGCAGAUCAGCAUCGUGGAGCUGGAGAAGAGCCAGCGGCAGCAGGAGCUCCUGCACCUCAAGUCCUGCGUGCCUCCCGACGAUUCCCUGUCACUGCACCUGCGCGGGAAAGGCUCCCUGGGCCGUGAGCUGGAGGCUGAGCCUGGCAGGCUGCACCUGGAGCUGGACUGCGCCAAGUUUUCUCUGCCUCACUUGAACAGCAUGAGCCCGGAGCUCUCCAUGAAUGGCCACGCGGCCGGCUAUGAGCUGUGUGGCACGUCGAGCCGGCCCUCGUCCAAGCAGAACACCCCCCAGUACCUGGCCUCCCCCGUGGACCAGGAGGUCGUGCCCUGUACCCCCAGCCACAAUGGCCGGCAGCGGCUGGACAAGCUAUCCAGCCUGGCCCUUCCUGACUACACCAGGCUCUCCCCAGCCAAGAUUGUGCUGCGGAGGCACCUGAGUCAGGACCACGCAGGCUCUAGCAAGGUGGCUGCCAGCGAGCUGCACCCGCGAGCUGAUCAUAUCAAGGAGAACGGCCUUCCCUACCAGAGCCCCGGUCUGUCCAACAGCGUGAAGCUAAGCCCUCAGGACCUGCGGCCCCCGUCCCCCGGGGCCUUGCAGAUGGCAGCGGAGAAGAGCAGUGAGAAGGGACUGAGGGAGCGAGCCCACGGCAGCAGCGGGGAGACCAUCACCAGCCUGCCCAUCAGCAUCCCGCUGAGCACAGUGCAGCCCAACAAGCUCCCCGUCAGCAUCCCCCUGGCCAGCGUGGUGCUGCCCAGCCGCGCCGAGAAGAGGAGCACUCCCAGUCCUGUACCGCAGCCCCGGGACUCCGUGUCCGCACUGGAAAAGCAGAGCGGUGCUAACGCCCACAGCGCUGGGAGCAAAAGCCUCGCCCUGGCUCCUGCAGGCUUCUCCUACACCGGCUCAGUGGCCAUCAGUGGGGCACUGGCUGGCAGCCCGGCACCCCUGGUCCCUGGCACUGAGCCGGCAGCCUUUGACGAGUCCUCUAACUCGGGGAGCCUCUUUGCCACCUUGGGGUCCCGCAGCUCAACGCCACAGCACCCCCCUUUGCUGGCACAGACCCGCAACUCCGGCCCGGCUUCUCCGGCCCACCAGCUCGCCACCAGUCCCCGGCUCAGUGGGGCCACCCAGGGCCUGCUCCCGGAUGCCAGCAAGGGGGACCUGACCUCUGAUUCCGGUUUCUCGGACCCAGAGAGUGAAGCCAAGAGGAGAAUCGUCUUCAGCAUCUCGGCUGGUGCAGGCAGCACCAAGCAGUCACCUUCCAACAAGCACAGUCCUCUGACUUCAGGCACCCGUGGGGACAGCGGGCAAAGCCAUGGGCAGGACAGCCGCAAGCGUGGCCGGCGGAAGCGGUCGUCAGCUGGGACCCCCAGCCUGAGUGCAGGCGUGUCCCCCAAGCGCCGGGCCCUGCCUUCUGUUGCCGGCCUCUUCACACAGUCUUCAGGAUCCCCCCUCAACCUCAACUCCAUGGUCAGCAACAUCAACCAGCCACUGGAGAUCACAGCCAUCUCGUCCCCAGAGAACUCCCUGAAGAGCUCCCCCAUCCCCUACCAGGACCAUGACCAGCCUCCCGUGCUCAAAAAGGAGCGGCCCCUGAGCCAGACCAAUGGCGCCCACUACUCCCCGCUGACCUCGGACGAAGAUCAGGGAUCUGAGGAUGAGCCCAGUAGUGCCAGCAGAAUUGAGAGAAAAAUUGCAACAAUCUCCUUAGAGAGCAAAUCUCCCCCCAAAACCUUGGAAAAUGGCGGCAGCGUGGCGGGAAGGAAGCCGACGGCCACGGGCGAGCCGGUCAACAGCAGCAAGUGGAAGUCCACCUUCUCGCCCAUCUCCGACAUCGGCCUGGCCAAGGCUGCCGACAGCCCGCUGCAGGCCAGCUCUGCCCUGAGCCACAACUCCCUGUUCUCCUUCCGGCCUGCUGCGGAGGAGCCUGGUGCCGACGCCAAGCUUAGUGCCCACCCCAGGAAAAGCUUUCCCGGCUCCCUGUCAGGGGCCGAUGGUCUCAGCCCGAGCACCAACCCUUCCAACGGCUUCGCCUUCAGCGGGGGCCUGGCCGCAGACCUCAGUUUACACAGCCUCAACGACGGUGCUUCUCUCCCCCACAAGGUCCCCGAGACAGCCAGUCUGAGCACCCCGCUAAGCUUUCCCUCCCAGCGGGGCAAAGAGGGUGCCUCGGAGGCCAACCCCUUCCUGAACAAGAGGCAGUUGGAUGGCCUGGGCAGCCUGAAGGGCGAGGGCGGCAAGGCCAAGGAGGUGGCCGAGCUGGGCCUGGUGCUGUGCGGGCCCGUGGAGAAGGCCUCCCUGCCACACGGCAGCAAGGCGGCCAAGGGCCGGGACCGUGAGCUCGACUUCAAGAAUGGCCACAACCUCUUCAUUUCCGCCGCGGCGGUGCCUCCUGCUGGCCUCCUCAGCGGCCCCGGCCUGGCCUCAGUGUCCUCCACAAGCAGUGCGGCGCCAUCCACGCAGACGCACCGCCCCUUCCUGGGCACUUUCGCCCCUGGGCCACAGUUCACCCUGGGCCCUAUGUCGCUGCAGGCCAACCUCAGCUCGGUGGCCGGCUCAUCCGUGCUGCAGUCCUUGUUCAGCUCUGUGCCAGCCGCCGCAGGCCUGGUGCACGUGUCGUCCGCCACAACCCGACUGACCAACUCGCACGCCAUGGGCAACUUCUCUUCCGGGGUGGCCGGCGGAACAGUUGGAGGUAACUAGGAUUUCUACCUCAACCGCGCGACCUAUGCAAGGACGGUGUGGACCAAGGCUCCCGCUGCACGUGCUGCCAGCCUGCCGGCUCCACCACCCCCAGACGGCAGAGACAGAAAGGCCAGCAGGACUCAGAGCUCUACUGUGAAUCGGUGCACACCUGCAGGAGGCUGGGACUAGUCCAGUUUGUACUGUUGAUAGUUUUAGAUAAAGUAUUUAUCGUUUUUUAAAAAGUAUAAACAAUUCUGACUUAUUUUAUUCCAUCUAAGUCAUAAAAGGCAACCUAUGGAGAAAUAUAAAUAUCUAUAUAUGAGAGGAUCUAUUUAAAGACACGUAUCUGAAGGGCUGGCCGCCAGCGGAGACGCCGACAGCCUGUCCUGGUGCUAUCUGGCCACCAGGCCUGCGCCUGGCUCCACCUCCCGGUGCUGACUAGACGUUGACCGACGCCAAAACCAGUUCUCAGAAACGCCUGCCCCAUCGACUCCCGCCACUGUACCUAUACCAAAGGUGUGCCCGACUUGCAGGUGGGGCGGGUUGCUCUUCGUGGUAAUGUUCCUCAGAAAAGGCCCUUCCUUCCCUAGGGGGGCCCGAGCUAAUCUUUCAGACCCUUCCUUUCUCCAGAGCCCCUCGCGCCUGUGCUGGAGCUGCCAGGCGCCCAUCGUCCUCUCCGCUCCCCUGCCCCAUCACUGUGAACAUACCCCCAGACUGUUAACCCUCCGGGGCUUAGGAUCGGUGCCUUUGGCAUGUGAACGGGCCGGGCAGGUGCUGGGACUGGUCAGGCUCUCCUAAUUCUGCACGGCGAGCUCAGAGUUCUGGAGCUGACGGGAGAGGAGCCGCCGCCUGGCUUGCGGUUCUGUCUGAGUGGUGCUCAUGCAGAAGCCCCCACACUGGACGCCCAGCGGCCUGGCUGGCCUGUGUGACAAGUGCAUUUACUUUUGUAUUUCUUUGUUCUUCCUGGCUGGCGGUGUGCUGGCUGGUACCGUGGGGCAGGUCAGUCGUGGGUCCGUGGUGUUUGUGUAUAAGAGAAAGUCACACUGAUGAGUGACAGUAUUUUAUAGAGAUGUGAUGAAAAUUUAUAAAUUUCAUAGACUUGACUGCAUUUAUUUUUAGAUUGUAUAUUGUACAGUGAACUUAAGGGAAAAAAAACACAAAGUGGGGGGGAAGAACUUAUUUAUUCAAGUGCACAAAAAUGGCAUCAGCCCCAGGGCCAGUCCUCAGACCAGACCCCGCAGUCACUGCAGCCCCCACGAGCACGCCCGAGCUGCACCUGCCCUGCUGCCGCCUGACUCCUGGCCCCUGCCGGUCAGACUCUGAUUCUGGUCCUGCAGGUGAUGCUGGCUUCCCCACUCAGGGCUCAGCAGAAAGGUGGAACUGUCCUAGGUGCUUCCAGAGGUUUGGGGCUGGUCUCAUGCCCUCAGCUGUCUGAGCAGUGGCGUCUGCGCCCUCUCUGCAAGGUGGUGUCCAAGAGCCCCGGGUCCCUUCAAACAGGUCACACACUCCCCAAACCCAGACACUUAAACAGUAGCAGAUCCUGGCAGGGGUGCUUGGGACCCCCAGGAGAUGACUGGGGCCCCCGCUAUUGCUUGCUCCCUCAAGGCAGCAUCAGGUGGACUGCCAUUGCCAAGGAAGUACAGUUCGUCCCAUUGCCCCUGACCUGUCCUACUGUCCCUCCAGCAAGCCCCAGCCAGCAAACCAGGAAAGGCUCUAGAAAAUUCAGCCUGCUUCGAGCCCAGGCUGCGGCAGUGAGGCAGACAAGCACAGGUGUCCCCUCCACACCCAGAUGACCCCCAGAAGAGCCUGACCUUGGUUCCAUGUGGGAGGUUCAAUCUGAUCCCUGGUUUUCAGCUGGGGGAAGGAGAGGGCAGGGGCCUGGAAGGUACCCCCACCGUCAGCAUCCUGCCUCAACACCCCAGCCCACCUAGAGCAAUAGUCAAGCUCGGAAGAUGGUGCUUGUGGCCCGUUUAAAAACUGGCCUGUCCUCUCACAUGGCUGCCCUGGCGCUUUCUCUCCCUCCAGGAUGGUGCUCUCAGCUCACAGGUGCGGCGCCCCAGCCCCCAGGACAGGACAGGCAGCACCCUGCUCAGUCAGGUCGCAGAGGACCCACCUCUCCCCACGUGCUCCCUGACGCCAUGCCCCAGGCCCAGAACAAAGUGCGUUCUUUAAAUGACACCACCACUUCUGCCUGCCCCAUCCCCAUCCCAUGGCACAGCACCACGGGUGACGCGUCCUAACUACGUGACCAGUAUCUGCAUGUGGGGCCACGCACGCAACUCUGAGCCCAGCCUGGUGCAGCUAGCACGGGUGCAGCCUGCUCCUGAGCCCGCAGGGGCACACGCGUGUAACACAUAAGCUGUGGCGUGGCCCAGCGGGGCAGCUGGCAGCAAGAUGGUCUGGGAGUCUGGCGCUGGCGCCUGGUCGCAGUGUUCUCGGGGCAGCUCUGGCCUGGGAGUUGGUGCUGCUGUUGACUGUGAGCAACUAGGACAAGCCCAGGAGGCUGCCACCCGCUCUUGCUCAGGAAUUGGUCAGGAAACCUUCACAAUUUAAGACGACCCACCCUCCUAGGCCCUGCGAGGCAGCCGCCUGGUCAGUAGGAACUAGCACACAAGUGGUGACUUAUUUAAGACUUGCCCACUCCCUUUAUUUAUCCGCCUGGUUGUGUUCAGCCCUCAGUAGGAGACAGUCUUCUUCCAAGGGUCCUGUUUCCACCCACCUCGGUCAUUCUUGUUAAGAUGGUCCAUUCACACAGCUGCUGUCGCUUCUCUUUAGACCCUUAUUUGUAACUCAAAAGAGACUUUGCUUUGUCUUUACAGUAAACUCUGUAUUUUAAUUGACUGCAUUAUCAUGGUCUGCCCGCGGGGCUGCUGGCUGGACCCUCCUUUCCUAAGGGAAUCCCACUGCAUUCUGCGUUUUCACUUGUAGACGCUGUAAUAAAAAGAUGGUUUUCAUUUGA